AAUGCACUGUUAGUACAGAAGUCAGAACUGAGAACAUGGAUAACCAAGAAAAACAGAAAAGGGUUGGCACGUCCAAAAGGAAACGAAUGAAGGCCAUCCAAGCAAAAAUCAGAGAACAAAUGGAAUUUUACUUCAGUGACUCAAACAUAGCUAAAGACAGGUUUAUGAAAAACUUGAUAGAGUCAUCAGAUGGUGGAUAUGUAGUCAUUGAAGCAUUUAUGAAAUUUAAAAAGAUAUCUAGCCUGACAUCUGAUGUUAUCCAAAUUAGGAAGGCACUCUCACAUUCAGACUUUUUCGAGCUUAAUGAAGAUAAAACAAAAGUAAGAAGGAAAACGCCUAUUCAGGAGAUAAAAGAUUUAGAUGAAAAAACUGUUUAUGUAGAAUGUUUACCUAAAGCAGCUGAUCAUCAGUGGCUGAAGAAGCUGUUCACACCGUGUGGAAAUAUUACUUACAUCAGUAUACCAAAAUUCAAAAGCACGGGAGACAGGAAAGGAUUUGCUUUUGUGGAGUUUGAAACAGUAGAAGCUGCCAAGCGGGCAUGCCAGGAUUUGAACAACCCACCUGUAAGACCAGGGGAGAAAACUUCUCCUGGAAUGUUUCCAAAGUUUAAUCGACAACUGACCAGCAUGCAAAGAAAAUUGGAGGAAUUUGGAGAGAAUGACUCUGAACAGAAACUCCCAGUCAGAGUCAAAAUAAAAAGGGAAAAAAGACCAAGAAGCAAGAACAGUGAGAGUAGUACAGAUUUAUCAGAUGUGUCUCCAAAGAAGAGACGGAACACUCUUAGUACAGAGUCUUUGGAGGGGCAAGGAGAAAGUGUUGGAUCCUCUAAAAAGAAAAGAAAGAUGAGAGAUUCUGAGGGUGAAACUAGUCAGAGGAUGAAGGGGGAAUGUGUUGAAAGUGAGGACAAGUCCAAUAGUCAGAAAAAAGGCAAGAAAAGGAAGCAGAAAGCUGUAUCUGAUGCUAGUGCUAGUGAGUCAGAUGUGAGUAAGUCAGGAGAAUUCAGUGGAUCAGAGACAGAGAAAAAGAGGAAGAUUUCUCAGGAUAAUGUAACAGAACAGACAAGUUCUGAUGGCACAAUGACAGGUAAAAGCACCAAGGAGAGAGCUUCUGAGAAAAGUGAUCAGAAACAGAAGAAAAAGAUGUCAGGUGGAGAAAUGGAGGAGGAUACAGACACACAACAGAAAAUACAGGAAGUGGUCGAUGUUAGCUUGACGGAGGACACAGGAAAAGGAAGUCCCACCAAGAAGAAGGAGAGGAGGAAGAGAAAGAAGAAACACAAAGAAAAAUGUCUGCCAGAGCUGAGAGUGAUGCCAAAAUUGGAAUGGUUACAACUAAAGAAAGAGUACCUAAGUCUUCAAAAGAUGAACAUGAAUAAGCUGAAAAAGACUCUGCAACACAUGAGGAAAGAAGACUUACCUAAAGAAAACACAGGUGAAGUGAUUGAGGAAAUGCCUGAUAAGCCUACGGUGGAGAUUCCAGGGACGGUUGUUCAUCUGACCAGUGGUUUACCUGUCUACAGGAAACAGCUGAAGAAUGACUUAGGUUCCGAGGUACAUGUGGCCUAUGUAGAUGUAAUGGAAGGAGAAAAGGAGGGCUAUGUUAGAUUUAAGGACGCCGCUAGUGCUACAAAGACUGUGCAGCAUUCUUGGCCCCAGUAUCAGUUUGUUUUACUCACAGGAGGUGAUGAGGAGGCUUACUGGGACAAACUUAAAUCAGAUAAGAUGAAGAAAUAUCAAAAUAAACAGAAAAAACAAGGGAAGAGUGGUCAAAAGAAGUUAAUUGAUAGAGCCCAGAAACGAAACAAGGAGAACCUGGACCGGGUUCAUAUCCGGUUUGGAGAGGAAGACUGAACAUUAAAUUUAAUGAAUGCGUCUUCAGUAAUGUUCUGACUAUAUCGUACAGUGUACAUUGUGCAUUUAUGUAUCUAUUGAAUAGUGCUGUUUCAUUCAGUUAUACGCAACUGGAUUUAGUAACGUAAAAUAAAAUUAAUUUGAUGAAA